AUCUUCACCAUGCUUGCUCUCCAACAAAGAAGAUGGCUAUUUUGCAUCCGUUUUUAUCCAGGAUGGAGAGAUCUACCCUGCUGGUCACACACUGGACAAGGGUAAUCAUGCAUUAGAAUCAGCAGACACUUUGAAGGAUAUUCUCAAGCUGUACGAGAAACAGCUGCAAGAGAAAAACAAGAAGAUCAGGCUACUAGAGGAACAGAGGGAGUCACUAAAACAGGACUUAAGAUCAAGUCCUGAUGUGCAAGACCACAGGCUUCUAACACUCAAAGUGAAGAAACUGGAAAACCAACUCCGUCAACACAACAUCAGCAUACCAGGAGAGAAGACAAAGGUCGAUCCGUUUGCUGGCAAGAGGAAGUUGAAUACUCAACUACAACAUUUGGAAUCAUUGCCCUUGGAACAAUGCCACCAUUACCUCAGAGAGUUGUGCGUAGAGCUGCAGACUGAUGACCUUGACUGCUUGGUUGACCUAGUUAGGAGUGCCAAAGAGGAGGCCAGGAACUGUGACAGGUUCCAAGAGUAUUGCCUCAGACUAUCAGAGACAGUGGAGAGUGUGAAUGAACAUAGCCAGCGACAUCGACGUUACGGGCGGAAUAAAGACCUGUCCACAAUACUCUGUGACUCCAACAUGAGAUACUAUCUCGGGGUCAUUGAAAAUUGGUCCAAAGAUAUUGCCAGUCUGGAAGAGCUGCAAGAUGCGAUUAAUAGUCUCUUAGACAAAGUGGUCCCAUGGAUACAUGCCCGCAUGGAGUACAACCACAGUGUCUCGGAGAUGGCAGAGCUCAUAGAGAGGGUCACUCAUGCAGACAAGAGUGAUAGAAAAACAACGCUAAUGGAAGAUGUAUCAAGAUCAACACUAGAGAGCAUAGUCAGCCACUUCCAAACCUUGUUUGAGGUGUCUAAGAUAUCUGGCAUCUUUCCUCGCAUGAAUGAGGUCUAUCGACAGCUAGGAGAAUACAAAAAUGUCUACAAUGCUUUAAAAAGCAUACUAGGCAUUCCAACUGGUGCCAGCACAGCAACUUUGGUGGAUGCCGUAGGCAAAUUAUGCCACAGAUAUAACUCAACCACCUCAGAUCAGUUGAAGAAACUAUUGCAGACAGAUGAUUUAAACAGCGUCAUCAAACGACUGCACGAGCAUAAACAGUUCUUCCCAGCAUUCAAAGCAAUUAUGGAUAAACUGUUUGAUAUUUUGGGUGUCUCAAAGAUGGAUGAGGUGAUUCCGGCUGUGAGAGCAUUGAAGCUACUGGCCAGUUAG